GCCCCAAAAAACGUGAAGGAGGAAAAGCCCGAGAAGGUAGAGGGCACUGAGUCCGAAGCGGAGGCUAAGCCCAAGGCUGAUAAGGCCCCAAAGAAGAAGGAAAAGAAGGCACCGGCGAAGAAGGCGGCCAAGGAGCUUUCUGUGCUGGCGAGGACGGAAAGGCUAAGAAAGAUGAAAAGAAGGCCAAUGUGGCCAAGAGCGAGGCUUACAAGCUGUACAGCUACAAGGUGUUGAAGCAGGUGCAUCCCAACACUGGCUCCAAGGCCAUGUCCAUCUUGAACACCUUCAUAAGCGAUCUUUUCGAGAAGGUCGCAACCGAAGCUCAGCCGUUACAACAAGAAGCCGACCGUGACCUCCCGCGAAAUCCAGAUGGCAGUGCGCCUUGUGCUGCCUGGCGACCUGGCCAGGCAC